UAAUGGUGCAAGGCUUUAUUAUAUUUACAGCAAGAACCAUACUGAGAGAGCAACAAAGACGGUGCCCAGCAAGCAAGAACACGCAGUUACACUGAACAGCAAGCAAGAACACGCAGUUAGACAUUCAGUUUGUGCUCAGGGAGGGGGAGAGAGAGAGAGAUGAGUGCAAAGAGCGGAGAAGUAGAUGUUCCUCCAUUGUUUGUGACCAAAGCAGCGAAAGGAAGAGCUGCACACAGACUUCUUUGCUUCACAAUAAUGGUUGGCAUAGUGUUGAUAUGGAUCUACAGACUGGGUCACAUUCCCGGAGCAGACCGACCCGGAAGAUAUGCUUGGGUCGGACUGUCUGUUUCGGAGGUCUUGUUUGGUCUGUAUUGGGUUAUCACUCAGGCGGGUCGGUGGCGUGUCGUCUAUCGAUAUCCCUUCAGGGACAGACUCUCCUCUACCAGAUACAAGGACAAGUUGCCGGGAGUCGAUGUUUUUGUUUGUACAGCCGAUCCGACGUUAGAGCCGCCAAUGUUGGUGAUCAACACAGUCUUGUCUGUCAUGUCGUAUAAUUAUCCACCCGAAAAACUUAGCGUGUACCUGUCGGAUGAUGGCUGCUCUGAACUAACAUUCUAUGCUCUACUGGAGGCCUCUGAAUUUUCCAAGUAUUGGAUACCGUUCUGCAAGAAAUACAAUGUUGAGCCGAGGGCUCCUGAAAUCUAUUUUGGUCAGAGUAGCCCUUUACAUGAAUCAGAUUUCAGGCAGGAAUGGAGUCAAAUCAAGACUAUGUAUGAAGAUAUGAAGAGACGGAUAGAAUCAGCGGGGGCAAAGGGUUGUGUUCCGCGAGAAAUCAAAGAUCAGCACAAAGGGUUCUUGGAAUGGGAUUCUAAGAUUACGAAGCAGGAUCAUCAGUCCAUUGUUCAGAUUUUGAUAGAUGGAUGGAACUCCCAAGCAACUGAUAUUGACGGAAACAGGUUACCUACACUGGUUUACUUGUCCCGAGAGAAGAGACCAGGAUGGGCUCAUAACUUCAAGGCCGGAUCGAUGAAUUCAUUGAUAAGAGUGUCAUCAGAAAUCAGCAAUGCACCAAUCAUUCUCAAUCUUGACUGUGAUAUGUACUCAAAUGAUCCCAAUGCAAUACAAGAUGCAUUAUGCUUCUUUUUGGACGAAAAGCAAGGGCAGCAAAUCUCAUACGUGCAGUAUCCUCAGUGCUAUAGAAACAUCACUGAGAAUGAUAUUUAUGCAAAUGCGUCCUGUGCAACUUUUAAAAUUGAGCUUGCUGGUUUAGAUGGUUUUGGUGGAGCUCUGUACAUUGGAACCGGAUGCUUCCAUAGGAGAGACAGCCUGCUAGGGAAGGUAUAUUCUAAGGAUCACAGACUUGAAUUGAACAGUGUCGAAGAUAACGUUAAGGGCAGAACGGUUGAAGAAUUGGAGGCAGCUUCUAAGCCUUUGGCAGAUUGUAGUUAUGAGAAUGGUACUCUGUGGGGAAAAGAGAUGGGGUUGGUGUAUGGAUAUCCUGUGGAGGACAUCGUCACGGGCUUAACAAUCCAGUGCAGAGGAUGGAAUCCCGUUUACUACAAUCCAAGCAAGAAUGCAUUCCUGGGUGUUGCUCCGACAACCUUAGAUAUAGCUCUUAUUCAAUUCAAGAGAUGGUCCGAGGGCAUGUUUCAGAUUUUCUAUUCCAAGUACUGCCCCUUCAUCUAUGGCCACGGCAAAAUAAAACUGGGUGCCCAAAUGGGGUACUGUAUCUACCUUCUAUGGGCUCUCGUUUCAUUGCCUACGCUGUGUUAUACUGUCGUUCCUGCUCUAUGUUUGGUCCAGAACGUGCCGUUGUUCCCUAAGGUGUCUAGCUGGUGGUUCAUACCUUUCACCUACGUUUUCGCUGCGAAAACUGCGCACAGCUUAGUCGAAGACCUUAUGUGCGGUGAUACACUACGAGGAUGGUGGAACUUGCAAAGAAUGUGGUUGUUUAGGCGGACGACUUCUUACUUCUUUGCCUUCAUAGACACAGUAUCCAAGCACUUAGGCUUCUCCGAGACAUCGUUUGCACUCACCGCUAAAGUUGUGGACGACGAGGUGCGAAAGAGGUACGAGAAGGAAAUCAUGGAAUUUGGAAGCUCAUCCAUCAUGCAUCUCAUGAUCGGUACGCUUGCAGUUCUGAACCUUUUCAGCUUUGGAUACGGGAUCAAGAAGGUCGUUUUCUCCACCCCAGAGGCGUUGGCCGAGUUGGUACCGCAAAUCAUUGUUUCGGGGCUGAUAGUAAUGGUGAAUUAUCCAGUUUAUGAAGCUUUCUUCAUCCGUAGGGACAAGGGAAGCAUGCCAUCCUCGGUUAUGUUCAAGUCCCUAGCUAUAGCAUCCGUCGCAUGCCUCAUUCCUAUGUACUAGCUCAAAGGAGACGGUUUUUGGAAAGUGGGCUUGCAAGUUCCAAAUCAGAAGAAAUUCGUACUUA